GCCGCCUAAUUAACCUUAUUCUCUCACACUCUUAUUACCUUUCUUUAUACAUAUACCUCGACCAAACAAACAAACAAACCCUCAUCACCAUCUCUCUUCUUGGGCAACUCUUUUCUUUACACUUGCUGUUCUUCUUGCAAUCUAAUGUGAAAACAGUCGUAAACACUUGCCAAAAGUUUGAUUCUUUUAUCUUCACCUUGAUUUCUGGUUAUGCUCAACAUGUUUCUGGGAUUUUCUUGAUCAAAGCUUUGAUCUUUACAGGUUUCAAGAACUGAUUCUGGGGUGUUUAGAUCAUAUUCAACCUCAAAAGCUUGUUUUUGUUUUAGGGUUUUUAGGGUUUGUUUGUUUUUCUUGUGUUAGUGAUCAAAGAUUCGAUUUUUAUUAGCUGAACUUGUAAGUUUCUUUAUUUUUUUCAUCUGGGGUUUGAUUAUUUAGGGUUUAAAAUCUUUUUCUUCAUCUGGGUGUUUUUCUUUAUAGCUGUAUAACUUAUAUUAGUGAGUUAAUAUUAGUUUUAUAAGUGAAAAUGUUAUCUGAAUUGGGUAGGAGACCUAUGCUAGGUGAUGGGUCAUUUGGGGAUGAAUUAGAGAAAGAACUAGGAGUAUUGCUUCAUGAACAAAGGCGAGAAGAUACCGAUUUCGAAAAGGAGUUAAAUAUGUAUAGAAGUGGCUCAGCUCCACCUACUGUAGAGGGUUCUUUGAGUGCAGUUGGUAGUUUAUUCGGUAAUAACAAUAACAAUCAUCAUCACAGUCUUAGUAACAAUAAUUUAGCAUCUUCUGAGUUUGCUAGUGGCAAUGGAUUUAUGUCUGAGGAUGAACUUAGGGCUGAUCCUGCUUACGUAUCGUACUAUUACUCGAAUGUUAAUUUAAACCCUAGGUUACCGCCACCACUGUUGUCGAAAGAGGAUUGUAGGUUUACCCAACGAUUUCAAGGUGGUGGUGCGGUGGGGUUAGGUGGAAUUGGAGAUAGGAGGAAGGCCGGCCGGGCUGAUGGUGGUGGCGGCGGCAGUAGUGGGUCGGUCUUUUCGAUGCCGCCUGGUUUUAAUUCGAAGAAACAAGAAAUUGAGAGGUCGGAGGCGGAGAAAGUUAACGUUUCCGCUGAAUGGGGCGGUGAUGGGUUGAUUGGUUUGCCUGGUUUAGGGCUUGGUAGCAAACAGAAGAGCCUUGCUGAGAUUUUUCAGGACGAUUUGACGCGUUCGUCUCCACCUUCUAGACACCCAUCAAGACCCGCUAGUCGUAACGCAUUUGAAAACAGCGAUGAAACAAUGGGUGCUACCGGGGCCCAAAACAGUAAAGGCCUCUCAGCAUCAUACUCUUACGCUGCAGCGUUGGCCGCUUCUUUAUCAAGAAGCGGAACCCCUGACCCGCAACACAUAUCCAGGGUUCCGAGCCCGGUCCCAACUCCAAUCGGAGGUCAACGGGUCAAUCCGAAUCUCAAACCUCAAACUCCUUUUGAUGUCGGUUCGUCUCAGUUUAAAGAAUCCGAAGAUUUAGCGGCAGCAUUGUCGGGAAUGAGUUUGUCUAACGCAGUUACGGGAGAAAGCACGAAGCGAGCUCAAUUUGAUCACUCGAGUGGUUCAAAUAACUUAUACGUUGAUGGAUCGUCUAACAACUUUUACGGUGGUUGGGAUCCGUCUUACUCAAACUACGGUACUACUGGUUACUCGGCCAAUUCGCCACAAAUGAUGUCCAGUCAAGGCCCGAGUUUAAAUCUGCCGCCACUUUUCGAAAACGCUGCUGCAACGGCCAACGCGAUGGCUUUUCCGGGGGUGGAAUCAAGGUUCGGAAUGGAAUCACAAAGCCCUAGCAGAAUUGCGGCCCAAAUGGCGGGAAACACGUCUUAUAUCGACCCGGUGUACCUUCAGUACUUACGAACCACCGAAUACGCUGCAGCUGCUCAAAUAGCUGCACUUAACGAUCCUACAGUCGGGAAUUCAUAUCUCGAUUUGCUUCAAAAAGCGUAUCUUGCGAAUAUAUCUUCACCACAGAAAUCACAAUACGGUGGUCCGUACGGUGGGAAGACAGCUAGCCCGAACCACCAUGGUUAUUACGGUAAUCCUGGUCUUGGGCUUGGCUUAUCGUAUCCUGGAAGCCCGUUAUUGAGCCCGCUUCCGAACUCUCCUCGUGGCCCGGGAAGCCCAAUUAGGCUUGGUGAACUGAACACGCGAUUCUCCCCGCAACUUCGAAACUUGGGUGGCGGCGGCGGUAUUAUGGGGCCGUGGCAUCUGGAUGGCGGUGACGGUAGCUUCGGUUCCACUUUGCUUGAUGAGUUUAAGAGCAAUAAAACCAAGUCUUUCGAGCUUUUUGAAAUCGCCGGUCAUGUCGUUGAGUUUAGUGCGGAUCAAUACGGAAGUCGUUUUAUUCAACAGAAAUUAGAAACGGCUACCACUGAAGAAAAAAACAUGGUUUUUAAAGAGAUAUUUCCUCAGGCUCUUACUCUAAUGACCGAUGUCUUCGGAAAUUAUGUAAUUCAGAAGUUUUUUGAGCAUGGAAUGCCUGCACAACGAAGAGAACUGGCGGGAAAGCUUUUAGGUCAUGUAUUGACCCUCAGUCUUCAAAUGUACGGUUGUCGUGUAAUCCAAAAGGCGAUUGAAGUUGUUGACUUGGACCAAAAGAUCAAAAUGGUGGAAGAGCUAGACGGUCACAUCAUGCGUUGUGUACGCGAUCAAAAUGGGAAUCAUGUUAUUCAAAAGUGCAUUGAAUGUGUUCCUGAACAGCAUAUUCAAUUUAUUAUUACGACUUUCUAUGAUCAAGUUGUCACACUUUCCACCCAUCCAUACGGGUGUCGAGUCAUCCAGAGAGUACUCGAGCACUGUGAAGAUCAAGAAACACAAAACAAAGUGAUGAGCGAGAUUCUUGCAUGUGUAAGCAUGCUUGCACAAGAUCAAUAUGGGAAUUACGUCGUUCAGCAUGUAUUGGAACAUGGAAAACCGAACGAACGUUCUAUAAUAAUCCAUGAAUUGGCGGGAAAGAUUGUUCAAAUGAGUCAACAAAAAUUUGCAUCAAACGUUGUCGAAAAGUGCUUGACUUUCGGUGACGUGAGCGAGCGCCAACUUCUCGUGAAUGAGAUGCUUGGUACCACUGAUGAGAACGAGCCUCUUCAGGCGAUGAUGAAAGAUCAAUUUGCGAAUUACGUUGUGCAAAAAGUAUUGGAAACUUGUACUGAUCAAGAACGUGAACAUAUACUGACACGAAUUAAAAUUCAUCUUAACGCACUGAAAAAAUACACGUAUGGAAAACAUAUUGUCGCUCGCGUCGAGAAACUUGUUGCUGCCGGGGAAAGGAGGAUGGCGGCACAACUGUCACAUGGUGGUUAAAGAGGGAGCGUAGGGAGAGUUGUACAGCUAACCGAGGCUAGUUUGAGGUAUGAAAAACGGUCAGUGUGACAUGCCAAAUGAAGUAUUAUUACAUUACAUGUACUAGAAGGAAGAAGUGUAAAUGCACUAGUUUUUAAGGUUUAUUGUUUACUACUACACAUAGUGAAGGCUCAUGUUUGUGUAAAAAUGAGUGAAGAAAUUUAAUAACUAGUUUUGUUAUUACCAAGUGACUGUACAAAUAUGUUGCCUACAAUGGGAGUAGAAUGUUGUUCUUGAUAUGUAAUCUUAUUUAAACAGUUUGAUUUUAUUAAGUAGAAAAUUUGGCUCUA